AUGCUGGAGAACGAGCUGGACAGGGCCUUGAGAGCCGACGAAUUGUACAAAUUGCAAAACGACGCUAAACUCCGGGCGAUCGAACAGCGAGUUCCAUCAUACGAUCAUUUCCGCGACAUGGUGCAAGCGGCGCAUCUCAGGCCGCUGGAACGUUCGGAGAUGCAAAAGAAGGCCGACGUCUCUUGGAACCAUUGUUACAGCAAAAGCGACGACGAGGAGAUCCUAAAAAUUUACGGUCCGCCGAACGACGGCCGUUGCGAUAACGUUUUCGAGAGUACCGAGCCGCAGAACAGCGCGGAAUUUCUGAAGAACUGGAAAAACUUGUCGGAUCACAGCCACAAGCUCGAGUACCUGCUCCGAUUUAGGAAAGGCCUGAGAGAGAAGUUUUUCAAAGUCGAGGUGCCGUCGGAAUUUCUCGAAGAAUUUUUCAAACUCAGCCUGGACGUCUGCUCGCCGGACGUAUUUUUAGAGGUCGUUGAAAUCCUGCGGAUUUUCACCGAGUGUAACAGAUUCGCAUUGAGUUUGGCGAUGAUAUCAGAAUCGGGAAAAAAUUGCUUGCAGCUCUUGUUUGAGAAUUUCGCUGCUUUCGCUAGGAAUAGCGCGGAGACCGAGACCGUCGAACGUCUCAUGAGCAAGUAUUGCGUUUCUCUGUAA